UUUUUCGGUCUUGUGUAAAGUCGAUUUGAUUAUUUCAACGCCAUUAAUACAUAUUUGUUAAGUGAAUUCCUUACAAUAAGACAGAAAAAUAGCCAUAACGUAAUUGUUAAUAUUAUAUUGGUUUAAAAAACACAUUUUAUUAAUUAAAAACCGACGAUUUGCAAAAAGAAAAUGCCGCGUACGAAGGUUUCCAAGUCUACCAAACGUUUUCGUGAAACGUCAAAUUCUGAAGAAAAAUUGCGGGAGUUUGAAGCAUCAUUUGAUGGCUAUUUGCACGCAUUAGAAUUAAAAGGAAAAGCGCAAAUAAAAUCUAUUGAAGACAAGUUUUAUGUGUUACUAAUGGGCACUGAUUCAAAUGUCCUUAAUUUACUAAUGGGAGAUGUAUUGUCUCUGAAUUUAACAAAACCUGAAGAUUGCAAAAAAUAUUUGAAUACUUUGGCGGUAAACAAUAGCGCUGGUGGCGCCAAACAAACCUCCGGAAAGCAAUUAAACCCGAACGAUGAAGGUUACCUUACAGAGGAUAGCACAAACGGUGGCAGUACAAUAGGUAUCUCAACCUCAACUUUAAGUGCAUAUAGUCGGGCAUCUAUUAAACAACAGCAACAGCGUGGUCGCACUCCUGGGCCGCUAAGUUCAGCUAGAGCUCGGCGUCCGCGUCGUAGUCGAUCAGCUUGUGAUGAUUUAGUGCAAGUAUCCACAAUAAAGUCAACAAAUUCCUCCACCGUUAUGGACACACGUAUUUCGCGGAGCAAAAUGCGUACACCAACUGCUACACGCUCCAAAGCUUUUAGUGCUGAUCGUUCAUCACAAAUGUGCGGCCAACAGUUCUCAAUGACAAUGUCGACAUCAUCUCCGGCGGCAGCAUUUUUACGAUGGCCAAAACCUGGUGAAGUGGUAUUGUCCAAAUGUGGAAGUCCAGUAGUUGCUCAUGUGCUGCCCGAUAAAUUUGCCAAUGUGAAUAUACCUACAAAGAAUGGUGUAUUUUCGUUACGACCAAAGAAACUGGAAGAACUGAAAUCGGACAUCAUCGAUGCUAUUGAUGCAGACACACUUAACCAAAUCAAAACAUUACAUGAUAAUUUAAAUUUAAUCAUGAAAAUGGCUGAUGGCUCCUCAACGAAAUAGUGCUUAUCAUCGUAUGACUUCAUUUCAUUUAUAUAGUAUUACUUACUUUCUUCACAAAAUAUAAUGUUAACAUUAUAAUUGACUUAAUUUAUCAUAUUUUACAUAGAAAUUAUUCCUUUUGUAAUGAAAUUGUUGAAAAAUAUCUAAAAUAUGUGGGAUCCUGUAAACACAUUGUAAUGGAACGAACUUUUGGUGUAUCAAAAGGACAAAGUUCGAAAGGAUUUUAAUCCUUGUUAGGAAAUUGUGAAUGAGAUAUGUAUGUAUAAAAAAGAACUCAUGUAGAAAAAAUAUUUUAUUUAGAUCGUGUAGAAAGGCGUUAAAACCGAUAACAUUUCAUGAAACCAUUUCUUUUAAUUUUGUAGAAUUUAAUAAAUAAUAAAGCAGUUAAAAAAAAUA